AUGGAGAGGAUACAGGAACUCCUCCUGACCCUGCAACCUGGGGCAGGUGGCGCGGUGGCUGACAUCCAGCCUGACCCUUCCUUGGGGGAUGUGCCGGGGACGGACGAUGUCCUGUCGCUGGCGGCAUCAGCCAACCUCUUCAGUGAGGGUGUCACGGGGGAGGAAGCCUCAAAUGCUUUUGGGGAGGCCUCCCGCUCCUCUGCUCAGAGCUCUGGGCACAGCACAGAGGGUAACCCCAUCGGGGCCGUCAUCCGUACGGCCCUGGCUCGCCUGGGGCUCGAUGCUCCUCAGGCAGACUUGGCCCAGCCUAGCGCCUUUUUCAGGCGCAGCCCUGCCACAGCCCCUUUCUCUGUCCCUCCUUCGGAGGAGUAUUUAAAGGAGCUACACCUCUGCUGGAAGGACGCCAAGGCUCUCCCCCGUCCUUCUUCCAGUGCUCGAGCCUUGGCUGCCAUGCGGGAUCCAGCGCAGUAUGGUUUGGGUUGUAUGCCACCCGUUGAGCCCGCCAUUGCCUCCCUCAUUCUAACCCCCGAUCAGGCCUUGCGGCCGGAUGCCAGGUGUCCUCGGCCCCAGUGCAGGGUCACAGACGACCUGCUUUCGAAGGCCUAUGACGCAGCAGCACGUAUGGGGCGGAUUGGCAACUCCCUCUCCCACCUAAUGCUGGCGCUCUCGACCUCGCUGCAACAAGCUGCAGUUGAGCCGUCUACACAGGACCUGAGCGACGCGUCCCUACAGGCCUUUGCCCUCAUGUCCAGGGAAUUGGGGCGUGUUAUGUCCACCCUGGUCCAGACUCGCCGCCAGGUUUGGUUGGCUCAGUCGCCCCUGACGGAGGCGUGCAGGAAGGCCCUUAGAGCCGUGCCAGUGGUACCGGGGGAGCUGUUUGGGCCUAGAGCCCCCCCGGCUGCCCCCCGGGGCCGCUACCAGCCACCACGCUCUUACCCAGCAAGAGAUGAGGGCCUACGCAGGUCUCGGCGGUCCGCCCAGCAGCCCGCUGAUAGCUUUCGCGCCCCCGCCCGCCCGGGCAGCCUCGGGCCGCGGAGCCUCACCGUUCCGACGCCGGCCCCAGGCCUUCGGCCGGGUCAGGAUGACAGUCGUCCGCGACCCGACGAAGGCCGCAGCUCUGGCCCAGGAGCUAUCCGCCCUCCUGGCCAAGGGUGCGAUCCAGUGGACCCUCAGUUACAACCCGGGGGGUUCUACUCGGCCUACUUUCUGGUAACCAAGAAAGACGGCGGAUUCAGGCCCAUUCUAGACCUAAGGGGCCUGAACAUGUUUUUAAAAAUUUUACCAUUUCACAUGCUCACCUCGGCGGACACCCUGAGGGUAGUUGCCAGGGGGGAGUGGUUCACGACUAUAGACCUAAAGGACGCCUAUUUUCAUGUGCCGGUUGCGGCACACCACAGGCGGUUCCUGAGGUUUGCCUAUCGGGGCAGGCAUUACCAAUUCAGGGUACUUCCCUUCGGGCUUUCCCUCUCCCCGAGGGUUUUCACCAGGGUUGUGGCGGCAGCCCUCGCACCCCUGCAGGCGCAGGGCAUGAAGGUCCUGCCGUAUCUGGACGACUGGCUGGUCUGUGCGCCCUCCAGGUCCCAGGUGGCCCAGGACACGGCCCGCCUGCUGUUGCACGUCGCCCGGCUGGGCUUGACGGUGAAUCAAACAAAGAGUUGCCUGGACCCUUCCCAACGGGUUACCUAUCUGGGGUUGGUCCUGGACUCGGUCGCCAUGAAGGCCUACCUUUCACCUCGACGGGUGAACGACAUCCUCCGCCUCCUUCCCCUCUUCAGAGCCGGCAGGAGGCUGCUUUUUAUUCAUUUUCUUCAGCUUCUGGGCAAGCUGGCAGCUGCUUCAGCUGUGGUGCCUCUGGGCUUACUGUCCCUGCGCCCACUCCAAAUGUGGCUGAACAGCCUGCACCUAGAUGCCAAGUGGCACAGGCAGAGGAGGGUCAAGGUGACCCUGCAGUGUCUUGUCUCUCUGGCUCCAUGGAGAAAGAGAGCGUAUCUGGAGGCAGGCGUGCCCAUGGGCGCAAUCCCGGCACGCCAGGAGUUGGUGACAACCGACGCCUGCCUCUCGGGAUGGGGCGCAGUGUGGCAGGGCAGGACUGCGCAGGGACGGUGGUCUGGCCGGGACGUGGCACAACACAUUAAUGUGCUGGAACUCCGGGCUGUGCAGCUGGCAUUAGCCAGCUUUCUGCCCCAUUUGACAGGCCGGCAUGUCCUGGUCCGGUCGGACAACAUGGCCACGGUUUCGCAGGUGAACCACCAGGGGGGCACCAGGUCAGCACGGCUACUCCGGGUAUCCCAGAGCCUGUGGACUUGGGCUUCUCCCCGUCUGGCCAGCCUACGGGCAGUCUAUUUGCCGGGGGCCCAGAAUCGGGCGGCAGACUUCCUCUCCCGACGGAAGCCUCCACCGGGGGAAUGGCGGCUUCACCCCGAGGUGGUGGAGUCAAUGUGGGGCCUCUUUGGCAGGGCAGAGGUGGACCUCUUUGCCUCGGAGGAGUCGGCGCAUUGCCCCCUCUGGUUCUCCUGGGCAGAAGCGUCCAGCCCUUUAGGGCAGGACGCGCUGGCGCACGAUUGGCCGGACAGGGCUCUUUAUGCCUACCCACCAUUGCCUCUGGUUCUGCCGACACUCCAGAGGGUCCUUUUGCAGGGCCACCGGCUCCUUCUGGUGGCCCCCUUUUGGCCGGGGAGGCUCUGGUAUCCACUGCUGCUCAGGCUCUGCUGCAGCUCGCCAUGGCGCCUCCCCGACAGGAGGGAUCUCCUGUCCCAGCUGGGGGGUCAGAUCUGGCAUCCCGACCCCUCUCGCCUACAGCUCUGGGCUUGGCCACUGCAGGGCCCGACCCACUGCUGAGGGAGUGCACUGCGGCUGUCAGGGGUACGGUCAUGAGUGCCAGGGCACCAUCGACCAGGUUGCAGUACGGAAACAGGUGGAAGCUGUUCUCCAACUGGUGUGCGGCUAGGGCCGUGGAUCCAGUGCACUGCGCUGUGACCACGGUGCUGGAAUUUCUGCAGUCCCUCCUGGAUAGUGGCCGGUCGCACUCUACCUUGAGGGUCUAUGUCGCUGCCAUCUCCUCCCUACAUGAUAGGGUUGGCAGCGCCAUGGUAGGGCGCCACAGAUUAGUGUCCCUCUUUCUAAGAGGGGCUUUGAGGCUGCGUCCCCCUACAGCCAUGCGGUCUCCAGCAUGGGACCUGCCGCUGGUGCUGGAAGCCUUGUCAUCUCCUCCCUUCGAGCCUUUGGGUCAAGGGGGUUUGAAGUGGCUGUCUAUGAAGGCUGCCUUUUUACUCGCCAUAACAUCUGCCAAGCGGGUCGGGGAG